AUGGGCCAGCAGCAAUCCAAAGGGAGUGGCUCCCGGAUACCGGGGGCCAUCGCCCCCGAUAAAGCCGGUCCGGACUCCUUACAAUCCUACCCUUCCUUCUCUCGAUCCGAUACAAAGGAUUCAGGCCGCUCAAUUCGCGGCUCCAUUCGGUCCAAAAUCCCCGGGACCAGCAAAAGCGACAAGUACGACAGCCCCAGGACCUCGAACGGGAAUCUGUCGCGAGGGGAUAUGGGAAAUGGAGACAAGUCAGAUGCCGCCUCUGUCCGGUCAACGCCCUCUCGCUCCACACGAGCUGCCUCGAAUGCUUCCGUCAUCACAGACCAGUCUGCCAUUUCUCAAGAUGAAGAAGAGCCCCAAUCGCCGGUCGCGCCAAACCCUCCGCCAUCACCUCCGCAGUCGGCCUCCCUGGGGCGUGGCCACGAGAAUGUCGAUGCCGCACAGAGGUCCGGCGAAGUGGACCACGUAUCUGAAGCGCCGCCAACUGGCGCAGGACAGUCAACGGUCUCCCAGAAACCCGGCGAAUCUAUCCUUGUCAAAAGAGAUAACAUGAUCAACCCCGUUCUUCGCGAAUUUAACGGGUCUUCAACCCCGGAUAGCGUUAGCAUGAAUGGUUCCCCCAUGGGGAUUGGGUCGUUGAAGUCUAUCGAUGUUGAUGAUAUGAUUACACGGCUCUUAGAUGCCGGGUAUUCAGCCAAAGUCACCAAGGCAGUGUGCCUGAAGAAUGCAGAAAUUAUUGCCAUUUGUGCUGCCGCACGGGAACUCCUCCUUUCGCAGCCCGCCCUGGUUGAACUUGCAGCGCCGGUUAAGAUUGUUGGCGAUGUCCACGGGCAAUAUACAGACUUGAUCAGGCUUUUUGAAAUGUGUGGUUUCCCUCCUGCCUCGAACUAUCUAUUCUUGGGUGAUUAUGUCGAUCGCGGCAAGCAAAGCCUGGAGACUAUUCUUCUUCUGCUUUGCUAUAAACUAAAGUACCCUGAGAACUUCUUCUUGCUGCGCGGGAACCAUGAAUGUGCCAAUGUCACUCGUGUCUACGGUUUCUACGACGAGUGCAAACGCAGAUGCAAUAUAAAAAUAUGGAAAACUUUCGUCGACACUUUCAACUGUCUCCCAAUUGCAUCGAUUGUUGCUGGCAAGAUUUUCUGUGUUCACGGUGGUUUGUCCCCGAGCUUGUCGCACAUGGAUGACAUCCGUGGUAUCGCCCGACCUACAGAUGUGCCCGAUUAUGGAUUGCUGAAUGACCUACUCUGGAGUGACCCGGCGGAUAUGGAGGAGGAUUGGGAGCCCAACGAGCGAGGUGUGAGUUACUGUUUUGGUAAAAAGGUUAUCAUGGAUUUCUUGCAGCGUCACGAUUUUGACCUUGUCUGCCGAGCACACAUGGUGGUGGAAGAUGGAUACGAGUUCUUCAACGAUCGAAUCUUGGUCACUGUGUUCUCCGCUCCCAAUUAUUGCGGAGAGUUUGAUAAUUGGGGCGCUAUCAUGUCCGUGUCUGCGGAAUUACUCUGCAGCUUCGAGCUUCUCAAACCCCUGGACUCGAGUGCUCUAAAGAGCCACAUCAAGAAGGGUAGGAACAAGCGAAACAGCAUUUUGAACAGCCCGCCUGCUUUGGUAUCCGCCCAAAGUUAUUAG